AUGCCACAAGAUGCUCCUGCAGAUACGGCAGGCCCGUCAUCGCCUCCGCCACGCAUGCCCGAGGGGUGGCUCCCUCAGUGGGAGGGGGUCCAGCGAAAAUGGUAUUACGUUCAGCGCGCGACCGGCAAAUCACAAUGGGAAAUUCCAACUGAACCUGUUGUUUUGACACCAUCAACGACACCCACGUCAAUCGGGACCGGCCCCUCGCAGGCACCACCCUCACGACCAUCAACAAACAGCCCCCAAGUGACCGGGUUGAGGGGUACAAUGGUGGAACGAAUUGAGGCUGUGGCGAACAGUGCGAAACAUUCCGUAGGAAAUCGCGCUCAUUACGUCUGCACAAUCAUUGCGAGAGUAGCACUGAUGGCGGGUUAG